AUGACGGAUAAUUUCGACCUUGAAUCCCUUGUCCACCUCGAACAAAUAUUUUACGAUUCGGGGUACCAAGAGGGACAUGCUCAUGGCCGAAUACAUGGUCUCAUCGAAGGGAGAGCACUGGGUAGAGAGAAAGGUUUUGAGAUGUGGGAAGAGCUCGGGUUCUACGAAGGUUUUGCUCUCCUGUGGAAGUCUGUUUCCAUCCUUCAGGGACGAGAAGAUGAUCGUGCAUUAAAUCACAUCAAGCAUCUCUUGACUCUUAUCUCAGAAUUUCCGCGUGCUAAUCCCUCUGUAAUCGACAAAGAAGGCUCGGUUGACGUCCCGAAAUUAUUCAGACAGAUCAGGUCGAGAUACAAAGCGUUAUGCGCAGCGGUUGGAAUCAGACCUAGCCUUCGUGCUGCUGAGAAGUCACUCCCCGAUGAUGAUCAGGGCAUGGACGGCGGCUCGAUGUCUGAUCAACAGACCAACGGGAAGGAACCAAUUUGGACUGUCGACAACCGUCCGGGGGAUCCCAUUGGCUCUUGAAUGACGCGCUC